CUACAAUUUCUUGGGCUGAGGAUCGCACCUUCCCCCUACAAUGUCACCGCGGCAAGGCUCCAGCUUGCCACAUCCCUCGCCCCUCUGCAUCACCCUCCUUCGACUUGUUCCCAGCUAACGCUUCCUCUUCUGCUUCGUCCACUCCUUUCGGGCAUGGACAAACACCGUCACAAUGGACGACGAUGACCUUCCGGAUGGUUCGCCGCCGCCCCAAACUCCACGCCCCUGGUCUUCUUUCUUCCACACCCUCCUUCACUCCUGCAUUCUAGCGUACAGCAUUCUUACGACAAGAUACCUCCUGGUCAAUGGAUACCACUAUCCUAUGCACCUUUUACGAAUCCAGACCUUCACCGCCAUUGCCAUCCACCUCUUUGAACUCCUUGCGCGAAUCUUGCGGAAUGCGCUAUCUCCUACCCACGACACCCCCGAGCAGCCAGCGUGGCGGAGCAUAGUCAAAUACCUCCGCCAAGCAGGCAUCACGUAUGCGACAUUCUGCAUCUCUGCGGCCAUCGCCCUCGUUGCAGGCUACGAGACCCUGCAGCACCUGCCCACCCUCUCCGCCCUGGCCGUCACUCUGCUGUGUCUGUACCAUCUUGGCCAGACCAACGACCAGUCUUCCCCCUUUGACAUCCGACGCUGCGCCACAAUUCUGCUCUUCGUCUGCAGUCUGUUUGCAACUUACUUGCUGGACACUCACAUCGACUUCAAAAUCCUCGGGGGCGUGGCGGUCAUCGGCCUGUGCGCUGCAGCGGUGCAAAUCCAAAGGCGCUGGAGCCUAACAAAACAAGAGACGCUCGACUUUGACCUCGAUGAGAUUCCUCGGCUAUGGCUGGGAUUCGCGGCGGUGAUGAUCAUGUUCAUCCUCGCAAAUUGGGGCUGCUGGAAAUUCGAAAACUGGAUGUGGACGUCUGUGAAUUGGAACGAAACUAGAUGGCUGGCGCUCCUGAUCGGGAACCUCGUGUCCACCACUCUGGUGUUGAGAACCGCAGCCCUGUCGUUCUACACUCCUCCCGAACAACAUGCCACAGACCCUACCAUACGGGAUUCGACGCAAUCAAUGUUCUCGUUGUGGAGCGUCCUCAUCAUCACGGCCGUUGCCGGCCCGCUCCUCCGCAUCGCUUCCUCCAUGAGUGCUUGGCAGUACGUGGCCUGCUUCUCGAUGAUGGAAGCCGCCGUCAUGAUUCAACAGUGCAGUCGAGAGCCACGGGGCGGCUACGAGCGAGUGUCAACCACCACUGUUCUCCCACUCUCCAACGGGGAUACCGAAAAUAACGGAGACCUCCCUCCAAGCAGCGGCUGGAAAGCAAGCAUCGGAACGCAUGGUCCCGGGGGCAAUUUCGUCAACGAGAGCCGACGAUCCUAUGCGUGGAUGACCUAUGCCUCGACUCUCCUUCGAGCGUUCCUUAUGCUCGCCUUAUUCCUCGCCACAAAUUGCAGUCUUCUCAACACCACGCUCCCCCGCCAUCCUCUUGGACAGGUCCUCCCUACCCCUCCCAUCAACGUCAACCGAUCCCUGGAUCUCGUGGUGUGCCGAUAUCACGAACCAACGACUUCGAUCGUCACGCAGCUGAACCAGCUGAUGGAACUCCCCGCGACACAAGGCUUGAACAUCCGAGUGCUCGUCUACGACAAGGGCAACACCACUACAGCGACGGAUCUCCAGACCGAGUUGAGCAGCAAACUCCAGCGAUCACCGCAAGAAAUCAUUGUCGAAGCAAGACCAAAUGUAGGUCGAGAUGCCGAGGCCUACCUCUACCAUAUCGAUUCCCAUUGGGACUCCCUCGCCCACCACACCCUCUUCAUGCAAGCCGAAAUGCACGAGCUGUUUCUGGCGAAAACCCGACUCGAUGAGUACUUUGUCGCCGAGACGGGCUUUCUGUCCCUGUCGGACUCCAUAACAUGCAAGGACUACGAGCACUGCACCGACCACUCGACCUGGUCCGAGACGCCGCAAAUGCUAGACCACCUUUUGGGCGCAGCGGGAGGCACACGGGCAAGCGACGGCCUACUGUUGACAUACCGCGGGCAGUUCAUCGCCUCCUCCGCACGCAUGAAGGCUUCCGGGCGAGCGUACUUUGCAGACCUAUUGCGCGAGCUGAACGAUUCACAGAGCCACGCGCACAGCGAGGAGUACGCGAGUCCGCCAUGGCUUCCAGGAAAGACGGACUCGAUGAGCAACCCGCUAUUCGGCUAUACCAUGGAGCGAAUGUGGCCGGCUGUUUUCCAGUGCUCCGAGCCGCAGAUUGCCCAAUCUUGUCCGAGCCUGGUUGCUGGGUUGCUUCGGCAGGCGAUAUUCUGGGAGAAGAGGGAUUUGGAGGAGUGUCAAUGCUUGGAUGGAGAUCCAUCGGAUGUAAGAUAACCCGGGGGAAUCCCUCAAAUAAUUCAACGAACAGUCAGAAACACCCGGCCCAUGCCCUCGACGAUUC